GCUGAGCGGAGAGGGAUGGAGAUGAUGCGCAGGGCGCAGCAUCAGCAGCACCGCGGUCAGAGCGCAGCAAGCUUCUCCACAGCGUCGCCACACCACGCACAACAAGACCGACACACACGCACACACACACACACACACACACACACACACACACACACACACACACACACAGACACAGUCCGACCUAAAUUCAUUUAGUAGCGCAAUUAUCCCAAAACUCCCCCUGGGUGUUCGGCAGUGACGGGAAGAAAAAAAAAGAGAGAGGAAAUUAACGAAGAAGGAGGGCGAACUCUGAUGUGACAGAUGUUGGAAAAGUCUGGUUGAACGUCGACAGGAGAGGAAGAGGAGGAAGAAGAAGAACAGGGAGAGAGGGGAAAGUGUCCUGAACAGAGAUGAAUAUGUUUUUGCUGCUGGAGACAGACGAGUGUGAAGGAUGUGGAAGCUUUGUUCCGAUGUUUCCUUCACUGAAAGAUUCAGCGGGCCACUCCAAAGGGCAUGUUACUGACAGAACCACAUCUCUACAGAGGACUUAACUCAAGUCUGAUUCCAACUUGACUGCCACUGGUUAUGAGAAUCUGCGCACCGAGACUGAAACGGCAGGGGGUAAGAUGUUUGUGGAGUCAGUCGUCCGAUGGGGGGCGUGGAGCAUCCUGCUCCAGUUUGGACUGGGUGUAUCUGCAGGAGGUUGUCCUCCACGCUGUGUGUGUCGACCAGAGGCUAAAGAAGUGAUCUGCUCUGGUAAACAUUUGAACUCUGUGCCAGAGGGCUUUUCCAACGAUGCCAGGCGUUUGGAUUUAUCCCACAAUAAGAUUAAGACUGUGGGGCGCCGCCAGUUCUCUGGCCUCCUGCAACUUCAAGAGUUGGACCUCAGUGAUAAUAUAAUCUCCAUGAUUGAGGUGGAGGCUUUCCAGGGCCUACAGAAUCUCAGGACGCUACGGAUUAAGAACAACCGACUCAAGAUCAUCCCAGUUGGGGUGUUUUCUGGCCUGUCCACUCUGCGCUUUCUGGAUUUGAGCCAGAAUGAGAUUCUGGUCUUCUUGGACUAUACCUUCAAAGAAAUGGUGAACCUGCAGACACUGGAAGCUGGGGAGAAUGACUUGGUGUUCAUCUCGCAGCGGGCUUUCUUCGGUCUGCAGAGUCUGCAGGAGCUCAACAUAGAUCGCAGCAAUCUGACCUCCAUUCCCACUGAGGCGUUGUCCCAGCUCCAGAGCCUGGCACGUCUUCGAAUGCUGCGCCUCACCAUUUCUACGCUUCCCAACAACGCUUUCCGACGACUCCACCGUCUGCGCAGCCUGGUGAUCGCAAACUGGCCAGCACUGGACACCAUGGCGAGCAACAGCCUGAUCGGUCUCAAUUUGACCUCGCUUGUCAUCAGCAGCUGCAACCUUACUGUUGUUCCUUACUCAGCACUUCGUCACCUGGUCUAUCUGCGCUUCCUGGACCUGUCCUACAACCCCAUCACUGUUAUCCAAGGUAAUCUGCUCGGGGACCUCCUGAGACUCCAGGAGUUACACCUAGCAGGGGGGAGCCUGCUACGAAUAGAGCCGGGGGCCUUCAGGGGACUGGCCUACUUUCGCAUGCUUAAUGUGACAUCCAAUCAGCUCGCUACUUUGGAGGAGGGCGUCUUCCACUCUGUGGGGAACCUUCAGGUGUUGCGGUUGGACGGGAAUCCCCUGGCAUGUGACUGCCGCCUUCUCUGGGUGGUCCGCCGCAGAUUGCGCUUGAACUUUGAUGGACAUCAGCCCACUUGUUCCUCUCCUGAUGUGGUGAGACAGCGUGACUUCAGAGACUUCUCAGAGAAGGAGCUCCCGAGGCUGUUCACCUGCCGCCCCGCUCGUAUCAUGGACCGCAGGCCACAGGAGUCAAGAGUAGAGGAAGGCACCACAGUUCUCUUCUCCUGUAAGGCCGAUGGGGAUCCGGUCCCGUCUAUCACCUGGCUCUCAUCCCACAAGAAUGUGGUUUCUCCAACAGGAAGAAUCAGAGUUUUGCCCAAUGGUACUCUAGAAGUGCGUUUUGCCCAAGUUCAGGACAGUGGCACGUAUCAGUGCCUGGCGGGCAAUGCGGCCGGCAAUGACAGCCUGACUGUUGGUCUCUAUGUGAAGGGCCUCCCUCGUAACCGAACCAUCCCCGUCCUCUCAGAGGAAGGCUGGGUAGAGCCUUCAAAUCCCCAAGCCGCUAACUCCUCAGCUCAAAUGGCUAAGCCAUACCCGUUUGAUGCGAAGACCCUGAUCAUCGCCACCACCAUGGGCUUCCUGUCGUUCCUCAGCUCGGUGGCCAUCUGUUUUGUCUUCAUGUUCUUCUGGAGCCAGAGCAAAGGGCAGAUCAAGCACACAGCGACUAUUGACUUUGUCCCGCGGUCUUCCAUGGGUGGAGGAGGAGACGGAGGUGACGGAGGCAGGUUCACCAUGAAACUCAUUUAAAGCCAAGGAAGAGGUGAAAUGGGUCUUCAUAUUGACUGUGAGCUUUUCUGGAAUAUGGACACCCCCCCCCCCCUCUUAUUGGGACACUCAAGGACAGAGACCUCUAUUCAAAGGCGCCUUGAGAAGGCAAAUCAGAGCCAGUUUGUUGGACUUGUGCUCGUCCUCUUCUAAUUUAGGAGCUGAAAGUCACAUCUCAGCCCCCACUUGGCUGUGUUAUCUGACUAAUGAAUAUCUCAUGAUCCUGGAAUAGAAAGAUGUUAACAGAUUGUAGGCAGAGCUGUCUCACGGUAGCUGUGCAUUUGCUUUCAACAACUUGUGCUUUGAAUAAGCAAAUGUCCACUUACCUCGCACAGAUCUAAUUUUAUUUCUUUUUUUAUGUAGCAUGUAUUUAUGAAAUAGUUUGAAUUUUCUGAGAUUUUUGGGAUCACACAAAAAGAGUUUGACACAUUUAUCAAGCGUUUCUGCAUUUUCAAAACAUUUCAGGUGCUUGUUUAAUCAUCCGUAUUGUACAAAUAUGCUCAGCUUUAUGUCUUCACUUGCCAAUACAAGCCAAGUGAACGUUUGAACCUUUUGACCCUCGGGUUGCUAUUUCUGCUCACCAACAGAGGAUCAUGAACAAAGACUGUGGAAGCAGCAUUGGUUGGAAGACUUUAACAUGUGAAUAUGUGACUAAAAAGCUUUUGAUACUUGGCAAUAAAUAUAUGGAAUAGACUAGCCAAAUCAUUUCUGACUCUAAACCUUAUUGUUAAAUUUAUGGACAUUUUGGAGCUUUGCCGUAUGUUUCUGUACAGCCUACUUCAAAUGACAAUGUAACCGUGUGAAAGGACUGAUAGAAUACCAUAAUGUAUAUAGGAAUGUAUCCGUCCUCAUUUCAUACUUACAACAGGUUUGUCAGGUCCACAUCGGAUCACUGUCUUUCUUUUGUACUUUAUCAUGUAAUUACAUUAGAUGACUAUUUGUUCCAUCAGAAAAUGCUGAUUUCUCCUUUUUUUUAUAUUCAAGAAACCACUUUCUUUUUUCUUUUUUUUACCCACACAAAACACUGAAAAAUAUGUGCCUCAGUAACAUUCUUACCAUCGACACAGAGAAUGCUCACCUGAUCUGCGUUUCUUGUAAAUAUUUAGAUCAAGGGCGUUUGUGUGCGCUGCGUUUGUUCUAUCAUUUUAUCUAGUUCUGGGGAUUAGUGUCACUCAAAUAUGCCACAUUUGUUGUUUAUAAACUUAACUGUGUAGAUGCACAAUGCACAAAGCAAUGCUUUAUUACGCCAGGAAAAGAGGAUGUAAAUGAUGCACACAUACAGCUUUGACAAGUUUGUUUGUUUAUUUGCUAUCUUGUUCAUAAAUUACUGUUGUUUUUUCACUUUAUGUUAUUAAAUGCAUAUAUUUAA